AUGUACAAAGCAAAGCCUCCCUUUCCUCAGAGGUUGGCAAAGAAGAAUGAUGAUGCUAAGUGUCAGAAGUUCUAUGAUCAGUUGAAGCAGUUAACAGUGAAUUUUCCAUUCUUAGAUGCUGUCAAAGAGAUGCCCGGAUUUGCUAAGUUUGUGAAAGACCUGCUUACGAAGAAAAGGUUUGUUCAACAUGAGACAGUGAAUUUAACUCAUCGUGUGAGUUCGAUUAUUGCUUCCACCACAGUUCAGAAGAAGGGAGAUCCAGGGGCGUUUACCAUUCCGUGCAAUAUUGGGCUUCAUGCAUUCGCCCGUGCUCUGUGUGAUAAUGGGGCAAGUAUCAACUUGAUGCCCCUUGCUAUUUUCAAACAAUCCGGAUUGGGAAUGCCUAGACCGACUUCUAUGCGAUUACAAAUGGCGGACAGAUCUAUCAAGAAGCCAGUUGGGGUUAUAGAUGAUGUGUUGGUGCAAGUGGAGAUAUUCCCAUCAUCUUGGGAAGACCCUUCCUUGCUACGGGCAGAGCGCUUAUGGACUCUGAAAAGAAUGAAAUUAAGUUCCGAGUGA